AAAGAAUGGAGAUCGGGGAUUGUCCAGAAUUUGAAUGUUAUUAAGGAUGUAUGAUAAAGAUAAGAUACGAUAAAAGAAAAGAUAGAAGGUUUAGAGCAACAAGUGUGAUAAAUUGAUGGAUCACAAAAAAGAAUCACUGACAUGCUCUGAACAUCACCUUUUCUAUACUAAACACCAUCUUUUCCUCACUGAAACACAAGUGUCUUAGGCAACAGACAGUAACCUAUUUUCUGUUCUCUUCUACUUCCUAUAUCUUGAUUUUCAGUCCAAAGCUACAUAGUGUGUCUAUAUGUGGAGCCCCUAGACUUGUCCUCGUACCCAUACUCUUGAAUCUUCCGAAUUCUCCACCAUCUGACUACGACUACAGAUUCACCCAAGCUAAAUUAACGUUUGCUGUCUACCUCUUAUCUGUGUAACUCCUCUGACUUAAGAAUUCUUUGACAACUUAACCCAAAUAGGAGCACAUUCAGACUCAUACCUUUUACGGAGAUCUCUAUUCUUGGAGACUUUUUUGCCUUUCCUCUCCCAUUACUUUGGUAACUUCCAUGUCCUAGAGCAACAGGUGGGCACCAUACUCAUAUUUCUGUCCGUAUUGGAGAUAUGCUCAACAUUCCUGACUUUAUCCUAACCUCAAAUCCUUCUGCUUGCGCUGUCAUCCUGUCUUAUCUGUUAGGCUCCUCCAAUCGCAAUCAAUUAUCUAUAUCUUCUCCUGUCGCUCAAAUACUUUGUGAUGAUUCUCUAAAAGCGUAGGUGCCUCUGGCGUUUCGUCUCUGUCAGUUAUUUUUGGGGCAUUACUCUGAUUUUCCUUGCAGUUAUUAUUGGUUUUGUGUCCGAAACCCGUGCCUGUGUUCUGAGCGAGUAACAAAUGCGACAGUUACUCAAGCCAAACGUUCCAAAGCGUUGUUUUGAAGGAUUAGAAUAUUUGCCAAUAAUCCCUUCUUAUGUUAAACUCGUCAAUUCCUUGCCUGCUUCUAUAUUUACUUCUUAUAAUCUUAACUCAUUCAAGACGGAGUUUUGAAGAGACCUAUCCUCUCAUUAUCUAUGACCAUACUUAACUUUGUUUAGGAAUCGACAGUGCUUUUUGCUGACCAUUGGCCACUGGAAUCCAACAUAUUAAAAAAUAAUAGAAAAAGAUGAACGGGAAUAGCUGAAUGUGGUAGAAACAUGUGCAGGCUAAGUGCUUUAUAUCUUUGUAGAAAAGAGACUCUUUCCAAAGGCAACAAAAGAGGAUGAAAGAAUUAUCCAUUAGAUUGUCUAAUAGAUAAAAGGAACUCUCGUCUCCCUCACAUAUCAUGAUGUAAUUUUAGUUCUAGAGUGUGUUUGUUUUUAGUCAUUUUUACAUACAGUAUCAUUCAUAUAUAGCGUCAUGAAAUUCUAUAAGGGCGUGAAAGCAUUCUGUUUUCUCUUUUGUUUCUUUUUCUUUUAUGUUCCACCACCAUGCUGCUGCAAGAAAUGAAGAAGAUUAAGUCAUCAGGUCACUCCUUACCACAAUUCUCACAACACGAUGUGGCGCUACUAUCUUUGUAGUCAUCUUUGAGCAGUCUUGAAGCAAAUAGUGUGCACUACAGUAAGAUGAGUAGGCAGCUGUUGAGUGGCCACAAGGUGGAGCAGGCGAGUGAAGAGGAAGUCAAGAAAAUGGAGAUGGUUCCUUUCGUUCGUGGGAUAGUCCGCAUUCUCCCUGAGGGCUGGCUGUAUUCCUGGAGCGCGACCAACUUCCUCAACAAGAUAUACAACAUGAAGUUCAGAAGUGAUGACGUGAUCGUGAUGACCUUCCCGAAGUGCGGCACCACCUGGAUGCAGGAGAUUGUGUGGACCAUGCUGCACAACCCCAACCUGGACAACCCCGAGGCAGACGAAUCGUUAUGGUUACGUUCCCAUGAAAUCAGCAUGGAUAUGCAUAUGGAUAUUGAGCAUUUCAAAGGGAAGUUGUGGCAUCCGAUUAUGGAGAAGUUUGAAAAGAUGUGUCCUGGUGGAAGAAUAGAGGACGGAGUGUGUCUGCAGAUUCUCGAGGCCAGCCCAGGUCCUCGCGUCAUGAAAUGCCACUAUCCGUUCUCUCUGUUGCCGCCUGACAUGCUUCAGUCGGCCAAGAUUGAUUUGCCGCAGGUCGUGUACGUGACCAGGAAUCCGAAGGACAUGAUGGUCUCCUUUUACUGGUUCUGGAAGGAGUCUAACAGUUUUCAAUAUCGUGGAAACUUCGAAAAUUGCAUCAGACAACUCAUGACUGGAUCAACGUUAUUUACACCGUAUUGGCCACACGUGAAGGAGGCUUGGCAGAAGAGGCACCACUCAAACGUGCACUUCGUCUUUUACGAAGACCUGAAAGCUGACACCAUGCUGGAGCUAAAGAAGCUGAACGAUUUCUUAGGAACACGACUGAGCGAGGAGAAACUUGAGGCAGUGGCGCAACACACUUCCUUCUCUUCUAUGAGCAAAGCCGGUGUCAACCAAAUAAAAAAAGUCUACGGUGAAAGGAAGUCGAAAAAGACAUCAUUUUUCCGCAAAGGAAUUACUGGUGACUGGAAAAACCACUUCUCACCUGAACUCCAGGAGGAGGUGGACAGAUGGAUCGAGAAAAAUGUAUCAGGCACCGACAUUAGUCUGAGAUGGGCUCUGUGGCAGUGAGGUAUGUCCUGCUGCUGCUUCCUAACAGCAAGACAGGAGAUUGGAAAAACCACUUUACGCCAGAACAACAAAAAACAUUGGAUGAAUGGAUCAAGAAAAACCUGGUGUUAUAACAAUAAAUGUAUAUAACAAGUGAAGACAAUCUUUAAGAGACUUUUGGAUUUUAAGCAAUUUAACACCGAUUAGAAAUGUAUUCUUUUAAACAUUUUUCGAACAUCGUGUUGAUUGCGAUUUAACUGCUCCUACCCAUCAUCUAUCAACUUUCAUACCCAGCUGUUCAAACCAGUGGGGACCAAAUAUGUUGUAGUGAAAUUGUAUGUCAUUUAAUCAUUUGCUGAUUGUACAAUUUCAAUUGUAUUAAAAGACAUCUUCGAGA